GCAUCUCUCGAGUUCAGUCGUGAAGUCCUCGUUCACUUGGAUGGUUUUCGACAAAAGGCAAACGCAUCAAUGGACUAGAAAAAAAACUAUCCGAAGACUCAUUCCCUCACCGCGAGUGGCGAAACCCCCGCGACAUCGUGAUCCCCAGAACCAACCCCCCACCCAUGUAAAAUCCCCUCCCGGUCCCUGUUAACUCGAAAAUAACCCCUCGAGAGCCUGAAAAACUCGAAAGAAAACCCACAGGCGCCUGCGUUUCCUAAAGGGAAAUAACCUGUGGUGGUGGAUAAAGUGAUCAGGGGGAGGGGCGCAGGCUCGAGUGAUGUUUCCGACAGACUGUAGCUCUAUCUAGCCCUCACAAUCGUGCAUAAAACCCCCGCAAAAAACCCUCGUCAUCCCCUAAACUAUCCUGAAGCAUCAAACAGCUCGCAAAGAUUUUUCUCGAAUUAUUUUUCAAAGUUGGAAAAAAAAAAUAAUUCUUACUCACGGAGGAGUCCGACAGAAUUCCCCGAGUGCCACCGAGUACUGUCAACGAGAAGAUGGCCGCCAGUGUUGGGUGCAAGUGUUCGCCAUUGUUUAAUCUUUUAGAUUUUUAAGAUAUUAAAAAACUAGUGUCUCGAGUUUUUUGGUUUUUACCAUUCUUUAAAGAUUAUUUUUCAUUUCGUGGGUGAACAAUUUUAUUCUCAUCCCCCGAGGGCAACUUCGAGGGGGAGGAGAAGGCCGAGUGGGUGGUGCUUUGUGAAGAGUGUUUGUGAGACAUUUUUUUUGUUUAAAAAAAAAAACGAUUGAAAAAUGCCGAGUGCUCCCUUCAGCUCGUCGAGGAGCUACGUCAGGAGGUCCAGAAGAAAAAUCACCAACAGGAUCCCAUUGCCCUCGAGGACGUCUUCUGCAGAGCCAUGCGACCUCCUGUGUCCGGCAUCAAAUCAAAUUCCACCAGGUGGUGGUGGGGCAGGUGGUGCACGUGGUACAUCACCGAGUGUCUCAGGUGUUGCAGCGCCAUCCCCAUCGCCAAGUCACUCUCACUCAUCUCCGUACGACCUGAGACGCAAGAGUCCACCACAUCCAGACCCAGCGCCUGGGACAAGCUCAGCGUUACCACCCCAGGGUGGCAGUAGCAUUGCAGCAGCACUCGGUUCAUUCACUCUCCCAGCGAGAAAACGACCCAGGCGAACAUGUUCGAUGUCGACCGAUGGCACAAACACAAAUACAGCAGCGCACUACCUCCUGUACGAGCUCCCCGACGAGGUACUCCUCACAAUAUUCAACUACUUCCUGGAGAUCGAUUUGUGCAGAAUGUCGCAGGUCUGCAAGCGCUUCCAGGCAAUAGCCAAUGAUACAGAGCUCUGGAAGUCGUUGUACCAGCAAGUCUACCAGUAUGACUUACCCCUAUUCAACCCAGCUCCGUGUAAAUUCGAGUUCGUCUCCCCAGAAGAUUCGGAUUAUCCAAAUCCCUGGAAAGAGUCCUUUCGACAGCUGUAUCGCGGUGUCCACGUCCGUCGAGGUUUUCAGGACCUGAAAUUCAAGGGCCGCAAUCUCUCGUAUUUCGAUACAAUUCAGUUAGCCCUGGAUUAUGUGGAAGAGCACAGAAAUUCUUCAACUCCCUCGACACCCCUCAGCCCCGCGACUCCAUCGUCGACGAGCUCGACGAGUCCUAGUACUGCCUCUUCAACAUCCCAGAAUUCCUCCACCUGUACAAAUCCACAAACCUCCCCACCAGAUGCCCCAGACUCUCCUCAACCCAUUGUUUUCCUCCACAAGGACACAUACAGCGGCGAAUUUCUCAUAAUCGACGCUGAUGUUGCUCUCAUCGGUGCUGCCCCGGGUAAUGUAGCCGAAUCGGUUAUACUCGAACGUGAGACUGAAUCCACUAUGAUGUUUGUGGAGGGAGCGAAACGAGCGUAUGCAGGUCACCUAACCUUGAAAUUCACCCCGGAAGUGACCAGCACAGUGCCUCACCACAAGCACUACUGUCUCGAGAUAGGUGAAAAUUGUUCGCCGACGAUCGAUCACUGCAUAAUUCGAAGUUCGUCAGUGGUUGGAGCAGCUGUAUGCGUCUCAGGUGGUGGGGCAAACCCUAUUGUCAAGAAUUGCGACAUCUCGGACUGUGAAAAUGUUGGUCUCUACGUGACAGACUAUGCCCAGGGUACCUACGAGGAUAACGAAAUCUCCAGAAAUGCCCUGGCGGGAAUAUGGGUGAAGAACUAUGCUAAUCCGAUAAUGAGACGUAAUCAUAUUCACCAUGGGAGAGAUGUGGGAAUUUUUACGUUUGACAAUGGUCUUGGAUAUUUCGAGGGAAAUGAUAUUCACAACAAUAGAAUCGCUGGAUUUGAGGUUAAAGCUGGUGCUAAUCCCACUGUCGUUCAGUGCGAAAUACAUCAUGGACAGACUGGGGGAAUUUAUGUACAUGAGAAUGGCCUUGGACAGUUCAUCGACAACAAGAUACACUCGAAUAAUUUUGCUGGUGUUUGGAUAACUUCAAAUUCUAAUCCAACAAUCAGGAGAAAUGAGAUUUAUAAUGGACAUCAAGGCGGGGUUUAUAUAUUUGGCGAGGGGAGGGGACUCAUUGAGCAUAAUAAUAUCUAUGGAAAUGCUCUAGCUGGUAUUCAGAUCAGGACGAAUUCUGAUCCUAUUGUCAGACAUAAUAAGAUUCAUCAUGGACAGCAUGGGGGUAUCUAUGUCCAUGAGAAAGGCCAGGGACUCAUUGAGGAGAACGAGGUUUAUGCUAAUACGUUAGCUGGGGUAUGGAUCACCACUGGAUCGACUCCAAUCCUUAGGAGAAAUAGAAUUCACAGUGGAAAACAAGUUGGAGUUUAUUUUUAUGACAAUGGUCAUGGAAAACUCGAAGACAAUGACAUAUUCAAUCAUCUGUACUCUGGUGUACAGAUAAGAACAGGCAGUAAUCCUGUUAUCAGGGGUAAUAAGAUAUGGGGUGGGCAAAAUGGGGGUGUACUCGUUUACAAUAGUGGGUUAGGACUGUUGGAGCAAAACGAAAUAUUUGAUAAUGCAAUGGCCGGUGUGUGGAUUAAAACUGAUAGUAAUCCAACACUCAAGAGAAAUAAAAUUUUUGAUGGACGAGAUGGGGGAAUUUGUAUAUUCAAUGGGGGCAAGGGGGUGCUCGAGGAGAAUGAUAUAUUCAGAAAUGCACAGGCUGGGGUACUCAUAUCUACGCAGAGCUAUCCUGUAUUAAGGAGAAACAGGAUCUUUGAUGGAUUGGCUGCUGGAGUUGAGAUAACAAAUAAUGCCACUGCUACGUUGGAGUUCAAUCAGAUUUUUAAUAAUCGAUUUGGGGGAUUGUGUUUGGCUACUGGGGUCAAACCAACGUCGAGAGAUAACAAAAUUUUCCAAAAUCAAGAUGCCGUAGAGAAGGCUGUGGAGAAUGGCCAGUGUCUCUACAAAAUAUCAUCAUACACGUCCUUUCCAAUGCACGAUUUUUAUCGCUGUCAGACUUGCAACACAACUGAUAGAAAUGCGAUAUGUGUUAACUGCAUACGGACAUGUCACGCUGGGCACGAUGUUGAGUUUAUUAGACACGAUAGAUUUUUCUGCGAUUGCGGUGCUGGAACGUUAUCCAAUCAGUGUCAACUCCAGGGUGAGCCAACCCAAGACACAGACACACUGUACGACAGUGCAGCCCCCAUGGAGUCUCAUACGCUCAUGGUGAACUAGGAAUUAACUUAACAAGUUGAUGAAAAAUCUAUUAAUCUCGAAACAAAUUGAACAAUCAAAAAUACCCCCAUUACGGAGUCCCCGAGAUAAAUAUUGCAAGUAGACCCAUCACUAAUACAACAAUUUUAUUUAACCGAUCAAUGCUUUUAACCUGAAGGAGAUAAAAAAAAAAAUAACGAAUUGAAUUAAUUAUCACUCGUUGCAGACUAAUCAUUUUUUUUUAUUAAAUCGAUAGUUCCAUUUGUUAAUUAAUUUCAUUAGUUUAUCAUCAUCGCGACGACUAGUAGACUCUCCCUCAAUCAUUUUAAUGAGGGAAUUAUUUUUUAUUAUUUUCUCCUUUUGAAUAACUGAAAUUAAGGUGGCGAGUCGAAUCUGAUAAUCUAUUAUGUAAAAAUUCAAUUCUCUUGUAUAAAGUAGCGAAGAUAAUUGAACAGGAUGUGAGUGACAAAUACACUGCCAUGAAGUGUAAGAAAAUGCGGAAAUUAUUGGGAAAUCAAGAUUAUGAAAAGCAAAAUAGUGAAAUUUUUUUUAUGCGAAAUUGAGAUGAAAUAAAUCGUUUUUGAUCUAGAAUAGCUCAAGUUUGAAUUUGGUAAAUCUCAUCACAUUUUAAAGGUAAAUGUUGUUCCUUUAAAAUGAGCAUAGAUUCGUCAAAACUGUAUGAUUUAUUUGAGAGAUAUUCUAGUUUGAAAAAACGUAUUUAUCUUGUUCCUGCUAUUAAAAAAUCACGUUUAAAAUUUUUUAAUUAUCUCAUUACCAACUGGUUCUAGUGAUAUAAUGUCAAAAUGAUUUUUUGUCGAGAAUUGGGUUUCCAAUAAAAAAUAUUGUGACACACUUCCUCCUAGACUCAACGGUUAUCGAGAUUAUCAAACUUUUUAAAAGUGUAAAAAUGCUAUUUUGCCGCAAAAAUGAAUGAAAUUAUCUAAAUGAAAACAAUUAAUCACGACUCCUGGAUAAUUUUGAUAAUUUCGUUCGUGAAAAAAAUAUGAUGGUCCUAAACUGCCCAAGGGCGAAGUGCAUAAUAAGACGGGAAUAAUUUAAUUAUAGCGAAGCAAAAAAAAUAGACUUUAACAACUAAUUCCCUAAAUUAUCCGACGACGUAUACCAGUGAAAAUGCGAUACGAAGAAAAUUUUAAAAAAUCAAGAAUCUUCGUUGUUGAAUGAAUUAAUUACAAAAGACUAGUAUAAAUCGCAUUGAUUGAAGCUAAAAAAAUCGAUUAAAAUAUAGGUAUAUAUAAAGAAAAGAAAUGUAAUCUCGAGUUUCUACGGUAAUUCAAUUUUUUUACACUAUUACUUUAGCGAUAAUGUACAUUCAUAAAUGAUGAAAUAAUUGUCUCCAGGGGUUAAUGACUAUUCACCUGUCGAUAAUUGUGAAUAAUCCCUCGAAAUAAUUGAAUUUGAAAAAUGAAUGAGAAACAUCCCAAGUUGCGCCUACUAGGAUUAUUUAAAUAGGCCGCAUUAAACGUUCUAAACAAUUCAAAGAAAAAAAAAACAAUUAAAUAUGUAGGUAAAGAGCAAUUUUUCCGAUUAUUUCGAGAUAAUUUUGUAUGCAAAUGACCUCAGACAAACGUAAUCCAAGUACCCGAAAGUGUCAUAUUACGUAAAAAUAAAAAAGAAACAAAUGCUGCGUUAUUUUCUUAAUUGAAUGGAGAAUGAAGCAUUGGGUUGAUUAGAUAUUAAUUAUGAUCCUAUGCAGCUUGGAUGACGUACUUUCGUGUGAUUUAAGUUGAAUCUGUUCUGUUCAUGUUCUGUAUUAUAAAACGAGUAAUCUGUUUGAUUAAUUGCGUUGAUAAUUAACAGCAUUGUCAUGUAAGGAUGAGUGAGAGGUGUUUUAGCAUAUUAUAUUUUUUUAUUUCUAUCGUUCUCAUCGGUUCUCACGUAGUUAAAUGUAUGACGCAAUUAGUGUAAAUCGAGGUUUAGGUAGUUAAGGUGAAUUUAUUAAAUGUCUUCAAAUUGACUGAUAA